AUGGCGUCCCGCGUUGCUCUUCCGCCGCCGGCAGCCCCGCCCAAGCCCGCUCCGGCCGAAGAGGACGAGGAGCUCGGCGAGCUCGCGUACUGCCAGCCGUGCGAAGAGACGGCGGAGCCGCUGCAGCGGCACGGCUCGCAGCGCUUCUCGAGCGUCGACGACCACGAGCUGGCGUGGGAACGCUACCGCGAGGCUCCGGCCUCGCUCUUUGGCUGCGCCGGCAUCAACGCGGCUGGCGUGCAGCGCAUCGACCUCCCGUUCAGGCCGCACGAGGUGGACCUCGUCGCCGAGUGGCUCGACCGCACGGACGCCGACGGUGCGGCCGGGCUCGACGCGCUGAGGCCGCUGCACCGCCUGAGCCGCUCGGACAAGCUGGCUGCCUGGCGCUCCGAGUUCAGCUCGCUCGACCUCGGCACGUACGAGGAGGCAGCGGCCGAGGACCAUUGCGGGCUCUUCAGCCACCUCUGCUGGAGCCUCCUGCUGAUCGAGCCUCACCGCUCCUUCCCGGUCCACCAGCACCCCGACAUCGAGGUCGAGUUCGUGCUGCGGGGCGCGCUCUACGAGAACCGCCUCCUCUCGCAGCCGGACGCCGUCCUCGACGCGAGCGAGGUGCCCGACAGCGGCUUCCCGCGCCUCUUCAGCGUGCACACGCACGGCGGCGGCUCCUUCUUCUCCAACCCGCGCUUCAGCGUGCACCAGAGCUACACGAUGGACGAGGGGGUCGUCAUCCUCGUGCUCUGGGCCGGCCGCCACGUCAACCUCACUGACCCGGCCGGCAAGCUCUGGGCGCCAAAGCGCUGCCGCAACCCCUUCUGCCCGAUGGGAUCGACAACGUUCGCGUCUCUGGCGGCGGUGCUGAGAGAGCAGUGA